AUGCUCACUCUCUGGCGCUUACUGCUCUGCCAGCUGGCUGUCAACAUCACCUACCGUAUAGUGAAAGCCAACCUAUGCCUUGGAGGUCAGGACAUCUUUGCGACAGUCAAAGAAAACAGCCCUACCGGCGAAUUUGUUGCAAACCUCAGCAUUAUUGGAGAACCAGGAGCCAACAGCGUUCGCUUGUGCCUCACUGGAGACAAUGCUGACUGGUUCUUUCUGGAGGGGAAAACUAUCAGGCUGAACACAUCUUCCUCAAGGGCACUGGAUCGAGAGGUCCAAGGAUCGAUUUUAAUUGCAGCAUUAACAUGCUAUGAAGAUGACACAAUCCAGAGUGAAUACAGGAUCAUGGUUGAGAUCCUCAACGAAAAUGACAACAGACCUGCAUUCCUGGAACACACUGUACAGCCCUUCAGCAUAAGCGAGCUGACUGCAGUUAAUACAGUAGUAUUCACUGUCCAGGCUAAAGAUGCAGAUGAAGACACCAUUAUCUAUGUUAUUGACAAAUCAUCGCCUGAUGCAAGCUAUUUCAAAAUAGACCUGCCUAACAGCGGCAAGGUGGUCCUGGCUAAACCUAUGGACUUUGAGACCAAAACCCGGCUGCAGUUUCUCAUUUAUGCUGUGGAAAUGAACACUGAGGAGAAGUUCAACACCACCGCCACCCUAACAGUCAAUGUCCUGGAUGGAGAUGACCAGUACCCCCAAUUUCAGCCUUGCAUCCCCCUUUCGCAGGAUGAGACGCACCCCAUUUGCACCAACCCAGUUUAUAUUGUCAACAUCACGGAGAAGGAAGAGGACACCAUCUUAUACUUUUCUCCUGGUCCAAUUUACGCUGUGGACGGGGACAAAGGCCUGAUGACCCCGCUGUCGUACUCUAUUCUGUCAGGUGCAGACAACGGCAGGUUCCGCAUUGACAAUGAGACUGGGGAAGUGACCCUAACGAGACGUGUGGAGAACAGACUGCUGACUCCUACUCUAAGACUAAGGAUCAUGGCUGCUCAAAGAGACGACCCCAAAAAAUAUACAGUGGCAACAGCACUGAUCCGAGUCCUGGCUGAGAACCGCUUCCCACCCCAUUUCAACAGAAGCACCUACAAAGGCUUCAUCACAGAGGACAGCAGCCCAGCCACACUGGUUCACACCUAUGGGAACACCGUACUGGUGAUCCGGGCCAGCGACAGAGACUUCAGAAAUGGGAUCAACCCUAAGGUACAUUACUCUCUGAGGCCAAAAUCCAACAACACCAAGCUCUACCACAUCACACAGGAAGGAUUUCUGAUUGCACAGACCAAUCAGCUGCGAGCCUUUGAGAAGCACUUCCUUGAGGUGCUUGCAACAGACCAGGAAUCAGGAGAAGUGGUUCAAGCCUCUGUUGACAUUGAAGUUCUCCAGAAAGGUCAACCAGUUCCUCAGAGCCCGUUUGCGGAGCAGCGCCUGUACAGACGGAUGGAUGUGAGCGCGGCUGGAGGAGCUGCCACUGUGAUUCUGCUCCUGCUGCUGGCUGCGCUCUUCCUGUUCCUCCAGCUGGCCAAGAGACGCAGGCGGCGGAAGCACCCGGCCGACAGAGGCUCGGUUGCGCAAGGGAAGCACCCAAACAUGGAGGUGACAUCACCGUGGGUGGUGGAGGAGUGCACACGCUGA